AUCGCAAAUUUUAUGCACGCGCUUAUGUCUGUGUGUGUGACACACAAUAUAUUGUGCUACCUUGAUCGCAUUAAUGUGCACAUAGUUAGUAAUGAAAUCCACAGGUAGCACAACAGUUUAGAAGCAGUUCCGGUUUUCCAGUAUUCGUGCUGUCGCAAAAGGUGUCUUUUUGCCCAUACUUCCGGCGCCAUGCUGGAGACUAGGAACGCCCAAUCUUGUUUGGAUGUAUUUUUUUCUGGGCAUCGGCGUUCCACUUUUUGCACUGUUCCUGAUAAAUUUCAAAAAGAUAAAAAAUGUUUGCCUACUGAAAAUUCGCAAGGGAUUCACCUGUAAGCGCGCGACAGCCGACGCGGAAACGGAAGAGAAAGCCGAAAUCGCCGAGGAGCUGAAUAUUGAAGCACCGGCUGUGGAUCGGCUUGAACAGCUGGCACAGGCCCGAGCCAAUAGAUCCAAGCUCGACAUAUUUCUGGCCGAAGCAUCGUCUCCUCAAGCACCACUCGGACAAGUUCUGAUGGGAAUUGGCGUAUUAUGCAGCGCGGUCUCUUUGUCGAUAUACUUGGUGAAAGUGUCGAGUAAGGUGGAAAGUUUAGAAAUUUGUGGAACACUGCCGAACGCCUACCAAGUGAUUGACUUGUGCGCCAAUCUCUACAUGCUUUGUUUCUUCGUUAUACGGCUAGCUGGGUCGGAUCGGAAACAAAAAGUGAUUACAUCCAUGUUUUCCGUCGUUGACUAUUUUACAAUACCCAGUGUUGUGCUGGGUGUCAUUCUAAACCGGUAUUUUACAGGCUUUGCGUUUUUUCGCGCCUAUAAUUUUCAGUGGCUAGUGGAAAUCCUUGCACAUCGGCGCAUUCUUCGAUCGACAAAUUCCGUUCGCUUGGCGAAACUAAUUUUCCUUGUCUUUGCUAUCAUCAUUAUUGCCGGUGGAUUUUUGCACGUGGCAGAAAACAUGGGUGACCCUUGGCUGUACGAUGUGGAUAACGUGCCACUUUACAAUGGUCAAGCCAUUGUGUUCUUCCGGUGCUUUUUAUAUGUUUACGGAAGGAUUACUCUUCUUGAUCUGAGCGGAAUGAGAAUGUAUACCAUGCUUGGACGCGUUAUCAUUUACAUCUUCCAAAUUCUAGCUUUGGGAAUUGUGGCGCGAGCUAUUCCACAGAUUAUUGAACGAGUUAAGCUCAAACCGGACUACGAUAAAAAAUAUACGCCAUCCCCUAUGUUCUUGCAUAUAAUUGUCUGCGGUCAUGUGCGCGCCUCAGCCAUGGAAGCGUUUCUUAAGGAAUUUUAUCAUCCGGACCGGGAUAUCAGCGAAUUUUUCAAAAUUGUGAUCUUAUCCGAAGAAAAACCGGAUGAAAUUAUGGAAUCGCUGCAGGAGAGAUAUUUCAGUCGACUGGAUUAUCUACGGGGGACAGUUAUGAGUCUGAAGGAUUUAGCCCGUGUGAAUUUGGUGGAAGCCAGAGCUGUAUUGAUUAUUGCCGACCGGACAGCGGCUGACACGGAUGCCGAAGACGCGGCUAAUAUUAUGCGCGUAGUAUCCAUUAAAAAUUAUAAAGACGACGCACAAGUAAUUGUCCAAAUAACCCAAUAUCACAACAAGGCGUAUCUGCAAAACAUACCCAGCUGGAAUCCGGAAAACGGCGACAUAUGCAUUUGCUUAGCAGAACUGCGAUUGGGAUUGCUAGCACAAAGCUGUUUAGCACCUGGGUUUUCCACCUUGAUGGCUAACUUUUUCACUUCAAGGACUUAUGACCCAAAUAAAAAGUUUGAUGAGGACUGGCAGCGGGAUUACGUUCAAGGAACUGCGUUAGAAUUAUACUGCCGGCCAUUUGGAGAUGCUUUUGUGGGUAUGACCUUUGCACAGGCAUGCGAAUUUUGCUAUAGACGUCUAAAAAUUGUCCUGCUGGCAAUACAAGCUGAUCCGUCAGACAUAACAAGUAUGCCGCAAAUCAAUCCGCUACCAACUACAAUUAUAUUGCCGGGAACCUGUGGAUAUUUCAUUGCUGCAGAUACGCUAGAAGCCGACCGUGCGCAGUAUUAUUGCCCAAAAUGUCAUGUUGACGUGGAAGAUGUCCAGCUGAUAAAAAAGUGUAGCUGCAGAUCGCUGGAUGACCCUGAUCAUGAUUCUCUAAGAGAAGACGAAGAAUCAGAUGAACUACGAAAAAUCGCGCAUCAACAAUCGGUUCUAGCGAAAACCGUAAACAAGCUCAAUGCAACAGCCGUGGAAUCGAAAAUCUGGUCGUAUAUUUGUCGAUAUCCGGCAACUCCUUCUGCGAGUUUAACGAACAUCAGCAAAGCUGACGCGGAAGCGCCUCCAAAAGAGCAUGUGAUUCCCUGUCCGAAAAACGAAAACAACGAAAGCAUGUACGACUCUACAGGGAUGUUUCACUGGGUUCCUUUGCGGACCAUGGGUUCUGCCACGGUGAACAGGAAGAAAGCAGCAACGGCGACCUUUAAGCGCCACAUUGUCGUGUGUGUCUUGUCGCAAGAAAAAUCCCAGAUAAUCGGUCUCUCGAGCUUCAUUUUUCCUUUACGAUCCAGUGUAAUCCCGGCUAAAGAGCUAUUGGACAUCGUGGUUUUGGGUGAUCCAAAGUUUCUCGAAAAAGAGUGGAAAUAUCUGUAUAAUCUGCCGGGAAUCUACAUAGUCAAGGGCACGGCUUUGAAUCGGUCUGACUUACGAGCGGUCAAUCUAAAUUCCUGCACCAUGUGCGUCAUCCUCGGUGCGCCUAACAGUGCGGAAAAGGUUGCCGAUCCAUCGAUGCUGGACAAGGCCGUAGUGCUGGCCACACUGAAUGUGCGGGCCAUGAGAUUCUCCAAAGACGAAGGACGACUAAUCAGCGGAACGGACGAAUCGGAUACAACUCCAGAUUUACCGGCUAAGCCGCUGCUGCAAAGGCAACCGGCACUUUCCACAUCCAAAACUGUCAAUUCCCUCCAGAUUCCGCUCGAUACGCGGCCAUCACUAACAAGAAAAAUUUCCCAACGGCCUUGUCCAAAUAGGACGUCGGGAUAUGAAGUUCCCAUCAUUACAGAUUUAGUGCGUGAUUCCAAUGUAAUGUUCUUGGACGAGGAAGACACUGAUCUGCCGGGGACAGAAUUCUACAUGACUCAGCCUUAUUGCUGCGGCCGCGCUUUUGCUGCCAGCGUUCUUGAUCUCCUUAUGAUUACGUCCUUUUUUAACCCUACCCUGACGAAAGUUAUUCAUACGAUAAUAUUCGGAGGCGCUUCUCUAGAGCUGGAACGGAUUAUGGCAGAAGGAGCGGGAUUGAUCGGUGGCGAGAAUAUAUCUAAACCAGCGGAUGUCACCAACCAAGUUUCGGUCAUUCAGGAGGAAAUAAGAGAGGGCUCACUAUCGUCACAUGUGGGCUCAGCGUAUGGCGGUCUGUUCGUGGAUGCUUUAAACAGCAUGGGUCUAGUGACACUGGGACUCUACCGGAAGCUGUCGCCUGAUUCUCCGAAGCGUUAUGUGAUAUGCAAUCCACCUGAAUCCUUCCCCGUGCAGGCGACAGAUCAGAUUUUCGCUUUAAAACGCGCCAACUGGCAGUGGCAACCACCGCUAAAACAGCUCCAAACCGCCGCAUCAUCGCGUAACCGCAUCAUCGACUUGGAUGUGCGCCUACUAAAGGACAAGCUGAGUACAAUCAGUCAGGAUGUUCUGAAUGUACAAGGCCAGUACGAAAACCUGAUUGUGGACGACGAUGGAGCGAUGGUUUUCCGGAAAAGAACCACCACCGGGACCAGUUUUACGGUGCCGCUGGUGCUGUCGGAGAACGGUUCCAUAAUGAUCGAUGACAACAGCGACCCGGAAGGUUCGGAUACGGACAAAAAUACAGUCGAAGAAGAUAUUAUAUCUCUUGAGCAUAAAUUAGCAACCAUGAAACGCGAUGUACGUGCCAUGGAAAACAGAUAUUUACGUUUAAUACGAGGCAGCUUUUCGAAGUAACUUUUUGUAAUAUUUUCCUUUAUUUUUCAAACGAAAUGAAUAAAACCCCUCACA